AUGUCUAUCCUUAUGUUCCCUAGUCAUUACUUUGCCUGCUAUAACACUUCAGAGGCUGCGGCUGCAGCUGGGCUGCUGCCAUGGGAAGCCAUUGAAAGAGUGGGGCCCUGUGGCUCAGCCACACGCCUCAGGCUGCCAGCGGACAGGGCCAGGCCGGUGCUGGCAUGCAGGCAGGGGGCCGGCAGAGGACGCCCACAAGUCUGGCAGGUCUUUCUUUGUGACUGCAUUGUUCUGGUGGGAGAUGUCCAGUUCAGGGCGCACCUACCUGUGCUGGCUUCAUGCAGCAUGUAUUUCCAUCUCUUUUACAAGAACCAGCUGGACAAAAGAGACAUUGUUCAUCUGAACAGCGACAUUGUGACAGCCCCUGCUAUCGCUCUCCUGCUUGAAUUCAUGUACGAAGGGAAACUCCAGUUCAAAGAUUUGCCCAUUGAGGAUGUGCUAGCAGCUGCCAGUUAUCUCCACAUGUAUAACACUGUCAAAGUCUGCAAAAAGAAGCUGAAAGAGAAAGCCACCACAGAGGCAGACAGUACCAAAAAAGAAGAUGCUUCAGGUUGUUCAGACAAAGUCGAGAACCUCUCAUACGGCAGCAGCCACAUGGCAAGUGACCUGCCGAGUGAUGAAGAUGAAGGCAAAGAUGAGAAAUUGAACAUUCUACCCAGCAAAAGGGACUUGGCAGCUGAGCCUGGGAACAUGUGGAUGCGAUUGCCCUCAGACUCAGCAGGCAACCCCCAGGCUGGCAGAGAGGCCAAGCCACACACCACAGCAGCUGGAAAAACAGUAGCCAGCCCCUGCAGCUCAACAGAGUCUUUGUCCCUGGACGUGCUGAGAAGCAAACUGGUGCAGGUGAAGGUGGAGAAAGAGGCGUCCUGUGAUGAGGGUGAUGUUGGCACUAAUGACUAUGACGUGGACCAUAGCACUGUGAAAGAGAGUGUGAGCACUAACACCAGGGUACAGUAUGAGCCGGCCCACCUGGCUCCUCUGAGGGAGGACUCGGUCUUGAGGGAGGACUCGGUCUUGAGGGAGCUGGAUUGGGAGGACAAAGACAGCGACGAUGAGAUGAUGACCCCAGAGAGCGAGCGGGUCCAGGUGGAAGGGGACAUGGAGAGCAGUCUGCUUCCCUAUGUCUUCAAUAUCCUCAGCCCCGCCUUGUGGGCAUGA